UACGCCGUGGUUUAUAGCGCUAGCUCAGUGCGCAUGCGCACGAGUGGACUGACGAUUCACAACAUGGCGUAAUGGUCAGGCUAAACGCUUGUUGUAGGGGAAAAUUCAGACACAAAAGAAAAAGUUUUGUUCGAAACGCGGAGAAGUGAUUUUAUAACCGACCAGGGCAAGGUCUCUUUUUAUGGGUGAGCAUUAUGUUUUUACAGGAUAAUUUCUGCACAGAGCGUUAGAGUCGAGCGACUUGGUGAAGUGGACGAAUGUUUGUGCAGGUUGGAAGUGUAUCCGCGAAGUUACUCGAUAUUCAGCAGGCUGGCUCCAGGAAACCCUCACUCAGAGGUAGCUAUAUCGGGAAUGCUCAAAACUACCCCUCUUCCUGGCGAGAUGCCCGUUUGGUUUCUCACGAAAGCAAGUGACUGUGAAGCCUACCGACACUGUCCUGUAAAAGUUCACCAAAACACCGCCAGCUAAGGUCAAGAGGUAGUUCAAGAUGGCUGCAGCAUCUUAUGACCAGCUGCUGAAGCAAGUGGAGGCCUUGAAGAUGGAGAACUCCAACCUGAGACAAGAGCUCGAGGACAACUCCAACCACCUCACUAAACUGGAGACUGAGGCUUCUAAUAUGAAGGAGGUGCUGAAGCAGCUCCAAGGAAGUAUUGAAGAAGACUCAAAAGAUUCCCAAGGGCAGAUUGACUUUUUGGAGAGACUUAAAGAGAUGAGCCUGGACCCUAGCAGUUUCCCAGGGGUGAAGCUGAGGGCAAAGACCUCUGUGCAGGGUUCCAGCUCAGGCCGCUCUGCCGACGGCAGCCCCGGUCCAAGCCCCAUGAGCUCCUUCCCCAGGCGCGGUGUGGCCAAUGGGGACCGGGACAGCGCCGGAUACCUGGAAGAGCUGGAAAAGGAGAGGUCUUUGUUAAUGGCAGAGCUUGAGAAAGAAGAGAAGGAAAAGGACUGGUACUAUGCCCAGUUACAAAACCUCACCAAAAGGAUUGACAGCCUGCCCUUGACUGAGAAUUUCUCCCUCCAAACGGACAUGACUCGCAGACAGCUCGAGUACGAGGCCCGGCAGAUCCGUGCGGCCAUGGAGGAGCAGCUGGGCACAUGCCAGGACAUGGAGAAGAGGGCGCAGGCCCGGGUAGCGCGGAUCCAGCAGAUAGAGAAAGACAUGCUGAGGAUCCGGCAGCACUUGCAUUCCCAGCCGGCAGAAGCUGAGGCCAAGCAUGAACUUGGAGCCCAAGCUGAGGGCGCACAGGCAUCAGGAGACGCUGGCACUGGGAGUGGAGCUUGCUCUCAGGCACAAAGCUCUCGUGUAGAUCACGACACAGCCAGUGAAAUGAGUAGUGGGGGGAGCUACUCAGUCCCACGCAGACUAACCAGUCAUCUGGGCACCAAGGUGGAAAUGGUGUACUCUCUGCUGUCUAUGCUGGGGACGCAUGACAAGGACGACAUGUCCCGCACCCUGCUGGCCAUGUCCAGCUCGCAGGACAGCUGCAUCGCCAUGCGCCAGUCCGGCUGCCUGCCCCUGCUCAUCCAGCUUCUCCAUGGCAACGACAAGGAUUCAGUGUUGCUGGGCAACUCACGGGGCAGCAAGGAGGCCCGUGCCCGGGCCAGUGCCGCCCUGCACAACAUCAUCCACUCGCAGCCUGACGACAAGCGGGGUCGCCGGGAGAUACGCGUGUUGCACCUGCUGGAGCAGAUCAGGGCUUACUGCGAGACGUGCUGGGAGUGGCAGGAAAGUCACGAGCAAGGCGUGGAUCAGGAUAAAAACCCCAUGCCUUCCCCUGUGGAGCAUCAGAUCUGCCCAGCAGUUUGUGUGCUUAUGAAGCUGUCCUUUGAUGAGGAGCACAGACAUGCUAUGAAUGAACUUGGUGGGCUACAGGCUAUAGGUGAGCUGUUACAGGUGGACUGUGAGAUCUAUGGCCUUACAAGUGACCACUACAGUGUUACACUAAGAAGAUAUGCUGGCAUGGCCCUCACUAACCUAACAUUUGGGGAUGUAGCCAACAAGGCCACUCUUUGCUCUAUGAAGGGCUGUAUGAGGGCCAUGGUAGCUCAGCUGAAGUCUGAGAGUGAGGACUUACAGCAGGUAAUUGCCAGUGUUUUGAGAAAUCUGUCUUGGCGUGCAGACGUGAAUAGUAAAAAGACACUGCGCGAGGUUGGCAGUGUUAGGGCCUUAAUGGAGUGUGCCCUUGAGGUUGAGAAGGAAUCCACACUAAAAAGUGUCCUGAGUGCCCUUUGGAACUUAUCUGCUCACUGUACUGAAAACAAGGCUGAUAUCUGCUCUGUUGCUGGGGCGUUAGCUUUUUUAGUCAGCACGCUAACCUACAGAAGCCAAACCAACACCCUUGCCAUUAUUGAAAGUGGUGGAGGCAUCUUGAGGAACGUUUCGAGCCUUAUAGCCACAAACGAAGAGCACAGGCAAAUCCUGAGGGAGAACAGCUGUCUGCAGACACUUCUUCAGCACCUUAAGUCUCACAGUUUGACCAUAGUGAGCAAUGCUUGUGGAACUCUGUGGAAUCUUUCUGCUCGAAAUGCAAAGGACCAAGAGGCACUGUGGGACAUGGGAGCAGUAAGCAUGCUAAAAAACCUGAUUCACUCCAAACACAAAAUGAUUGCUAUGGGUAGCGCUGCAGCCCUGAGGAACCUUAUGGCCAAUCGGCCUGCCAAAUACAAGGAUGCCAACAUAAUGUCCCCUGGCUCAAGCCUUCCUUCACUACAUGUAAGAAAACAGAAAGCACUAAUUGAGGAACUGGAUGCCCAGCAUCUUUCUGAAACAUUUGAUAACAUAGACAAUUUAAGUCCUAAGGCUUCUCACAGGGGUAAACCUCGACACAAGCACAACGUCUAUGGUGAUUAUGAUGGGGUAUGCAGGUCGGAUGGUUAUAACACCAGUGGUGUUGGGGUUCGCUCUCCGUACAUGAACACACCGGUGCUCUCAAGUCCAUCUUCACGGGAAAACAGGGGAAAUGCAGACAAUGUUAGAGCUGAGAGGGACAAGAGUCUAGAUAGAGAGCGAAGGGGUUUCCAUCCAGAUCCUGACACCAGUAAAAGAAUGGGAAUGCAGAUUCCAACUACCGCUGCACAAAUAGCAAUGGUAAUGGAGGAAGUACAAAGCAUGCACUUGGGCUUGGAGGACAGAACCACAGGCUCUACCCCUGACCCUCACAUGGUGCAGGAUGACAUGGUGAGACGGCAGACUAGUGUUCACAGCCACCAGAACAUUUACAGCUACAACAAACCAGACCCAUCUGGCAGGCCUUGCCCAAUGCCCAAACUGGAGUACAGAGCAUCCAAUGACAGCCUAAAUAGUGUCAACAGCACUGAUGGCUAUGGCAAAAGGGGUCAGAUGAAGCCGUCAGUGGAUUCCUACUCUGAGGAUGAUGAAAGCAAAUGCUGUGUGUAUAGAAAAUAUCCGGCUGACCUUGCCCAUAAGAUACACAAUGCAAAUCAUAUGGAGGAUGACGAUGGAGAUCUGGACACACCAAUAAACUACAGUUUGAAGUAUUCAGACGAGCAGCUUAACUCUGGGCGUCAAAGCCCAAGCCAGAAUGAGAGGUGGGCAAGACCCAAAAUCCUAGAGGAUGAAAUGAAACGCUCUGAUCAGAAACCACCUAGGUCCCAGAGCCCAGGGUACCCAAUAUACACAGAGGGAAAUGGGGAAAGUGAAGAUAAACUUAAAAAAUACCAGCCGAGGUUUGUUCAACAGGACAUGUCUGGAGGAUUCAGAUCAAGGGGUUCUAAUGAACAGAGUAGUAGUGGUUCUGGCCAUGGAAUUAAUAAGAAAAUGAGUCAGACGAUUUGCACUGUGGGUGAUUUUGGUGACGACAAACCAACUAACUACAGUGAGCGCUAUUCAGAAGAAGAACAACUUGAUGAUCAGCCUACCAAUUACAGCAUGAAAUACAAUGAAGAUCACCAUGUAGAACAACCUAUUGAUUACAGUCUAAAGUAUUCUGAUGCUUCUUCUAAGAAGACUGUAUUCAAUCGCUCAAAACCGUCUUCGCAGAGCUCCGUCAAGGACCAGUUAAACCAGGACAGUUCAUCUUCUGUGUCCUCUAUUAAGAAUCAGAGUAGGCAGAAGCAGCUCCACCCGUCUUCAGCUCAAACUCGGCCAGGACCUGGCAGAGCUAUUCAAAAAGCAACCUGCAAGACUUCUACAAUAAAUCAAGAAACGCUGCAGACCUAUUGUGUGGAGGACACGCCUAUCUGUUUCUCAAGGGGGAGCUCCUUAUCAUCCUUGUCCUCUGAAGAUGAAAUGGAGAGCUGUAAGCGAAAUCUUAAUGCCGCGAGUAACUAUCCAACUCUCCCCGUUUCUGAGAAAGAAACCACUAAUGUUCCAGGUCAACGCACAACAGAAAGUCAGUCAUCUGGCCACUAUGUCAGAAUGAAGCCCCCACGGCAUCAGGGGUCACAUGUGGGCCAUGGAGAUGGUUCCAGACAUCACAAGACAGUGGAGUUUUCAUCAGGUGCUAAAUCACCAUCCAAGAGUGGUGCCCAGACCCCCAAAAGUCCCCCUGAACAUUAUGUACAGGAGACCCCACUCAUGUUCAGCAGGUGCACAUCUGUCAGCUCUCUUGAGAGUUUUGAGAGCCACUCCAUUGCAAGCUCCGUCCAGAGUGAACCAUGCAGCGGAAUGGUCAGUGGAAUAAUUAGUCCUAGUGAUCUGCCUGAUAGCCCUGGUCAAACAAUGCCUCCCAGUCGUAGUAAGACACCGCCACCACCACCUCCACGUUCAACAUCUAUAAAACAGAAAGUUACUGUACCCCCACAUUCUGAAAAACGGGAUAUGGCCCCAAGGCAUGCGGCUGUCAAUGCUGCUGUGCAAAAAGUGCAAGUCCUUCCAGAUAAUGAUACACUUUUACACUUUGCCACAGAGAGUACACCAGAUGGAUUUUCAUGUGCCUCCAGCCUUAGUGCAUUAAGUCUGGAUGAACCAUUUAUACAAAAGGAUGUUGAAUUGAAGAUAAUGCCACCAGUUCAUGAGGAUGACCAUGGAAAUGAGACAGAACCAGAGAAAGAGGAGAAUAAAGAGCCAAACAUUCAAGAGAAGCCUCCAGCAACUGCUGAUGCUGAGAAAGACAUCUUGGAUGACUCUGAUGAUGAUGAUGAUAUAGAAAUCUUGGAGGCCUGUAUAAAUUCAGCCAUGCCCAGAAAGUCAUCAAGAAAACCUAAGAAACAAACACCCCCAACCACCUCAAGAAUACCUCCACCAGUGGCCCGUAAACCAAGUCAACUACCUGUUUACAAAUUACUUCCCUCACAAAAUAGAGGACAACAGCAGAAACAUGUGGCACUAACUCAUGGAGAGGACAUGCCUCGGGUGUAUUGUGUCGAAGGAACGCCCAUUAACUUCUCCACAGCAACAUCACUUAGUGACCUCACUAUUGAUUCACCUCCAAAUGAGCUAGCUACUGUUGACAUUCCAGCUGCUCAUGUAGAGUCAUCUUGUCAGAGACGAGACACCGUCCCAGAGGGUAAGAGUGCAGAAACAAAAGAUAUUGUUGCAUCUUCUGACACGCAGGGUGUGCCUACUGAGAAUGAAGGUGAUGAUAUUCUUGCUGAGUGCAUCAACUCUGCAAUGCCAAAAGGUAAAAUACACAAGCCUUUUAGAGUGCAGAAAAUGUCUGAUCCACCUCAACACCCACCUACUGCCACUGGCAAUCUAGUUCAACAAGAUUUUGAAAAGAAAAAGCCAACUUCCCCUGUGAAACCCAUGCCACAAAGCAGUGAGUACAGAGUCAAGCUGUUAAAGCGACCAGAUGCUCCCACUAACUUAUCAGAAGGAGCAUCAUUUCCUGAUAAAAACAUAGAAACAAAAAAGGUUGAGCCCAAAGCAGGCCCCAGAGAUUUUGCAGAUAAACCUGCAAAUGCUGAGGAAAGGGUUCGCCCAGGUUUUACCUUUGAUUCGCCGCAUCAUUACACACCAAUUGAGGGUACUCCUUAUUGCUUCUCCCGCAAUGAUUCACUGAGUUCACUUGACUUUGAGGAUGAUGAUCUUGACCUUUCUAAAGAAAAGGCUGAGCUCCGAAAAGAUAAAGAACAAAGAAAAGAUCCACCCUUAAAGAACAAUGGAGAGCAAUCUGGAAACACCAACAGAGUGAUUGCCUUUCAGACUGUCCCAACCAAACCCCUUCAGAAGCAAAGUUUUCCACUAGGAUCCAAAGAAAAUACAGGAACUGUGCCUGAUGAAAAGCAAAAGUUUUCAAUUGAGGACACUCCAGUAUGUUUCUCAAGAAACUCCUCACUCAGUUCACUAAGUGACAUUGACCAGGAAAAUAAUAACAAAGAUUGUUCCCACAAAGAGGUCACGACUCAGGUGGAAAUGCCACGGCCCCAAGCCUCUGGCUAUGCACCAAAAGCCUUUCACGUUGAGGACACCCCAGUAUGCUUCUCUCGUAAUAGUUCCCUUAGCUCUCUCAGUAUUGAUUCUGAGGAUGACCUUUUACAAGAAUGUAUCAGUUCUGCAAUGCCAAAGAAAAAGAAACAACUGCCAAGAAGUAAGAGUGAUGACCAGGUAAUUAAGGAGGAGAGAAGUGUUUUGGCUGAUGGCAUUUUAGCAGAAGAACCGGACCUCAUACUGGAUCUCACUGAUACACACAGUCCUAUUUCAGAGCAGGCCUUAUCGCCAGACUCUGAAUCAUUUGACUGGAAAGCCAUCCAAGAGGGAGCCAAUUCAAUUGUUAGUAGUCUACACCAGGCAGCUGCUAGUCUGUCUAGACAAGGCUCUUCUGAUUCAGACUCUAUCCUUUCUCUCAAAUCUGGUAUUUCCAUUGGAUCGCCUUUCCACAUGCCUGCAAAUAAAGAUGACAAUAAGCCAGCAACCAACAAAGGCCCAAGGAUAUUAAAACCUGGUGAAAAGAGCACUUUAGAGACAAAGAAGAAAGAGGAAGACACUGCCAAAAGCCUAAAAGGGGGUAAGAAAGUUUAUAAAAGUCUGAUCACUGGAAAGCCACGGCCUAGUCUUGAGAGCAUGGCUUCUCAACAGCGACAAACUCAAGUUCCUGUAGUUUCUAGAGGCAGGACUAUGAUUCAUGUACCUGGAGUGAGAAGCAGUUCUCCUAGCACCAGCCCUAUUCCGAAAAAGCCUCCUGCACGUGGUCAGGUCAUAAAACCCCCACCCCAGGGACCAAAUUCUGUAAACUCUCCUAGAACCAUAAAGACCCCAUCAAAAUCAGACCCCAGUCCAGCCAGAGAACCACCUGCCUCUCAAGGAGGGUCAAGUAAAGCCUCUUCUCGAUCAGGAUCCAGAGAUUCUACACCCUCUAGACCAUCUCAGCAUUCCCUUACAAGGCCCAUGCAGUCUCCUGGGCGCACCUCUGUCUCGCCAGGUAGGAAUGGUCUGACCCCAGCUAAUAAAUUCUCUCAGAUACCUCGUACUGCUUCACCUGGUGCUGCUUCCAAACCAUCAGGUUCUGGCAGAAUAUCUUACACGUCUCCGGGCAGGCAGUUGGGCCAACAAACACCUCCAAAGCAGAGUGGGUUGCCAAGAAGCACGAGUGGUAUUCCCAGGAGUGAAUCUGCCUCAAAAAGUCUAAAUCAGUGCGGAGCUACAGGCCCUUCAAAAAAGGCAGAGUUGUCUCGAAUGUCAUCCACAAAGUCAAGUGGGAGCGAGUCUGACCGAUCUGAAAAACCUGGACUUGUCCGCCAGUCCACCUUUAUUAAGGAGGCCCCUAGUCCAACACUUAAAAGGAAAUUAGAAGAAUCUGCUUCUUUUGAAUCCUUGUCUCCUUCUUCUCCUAGCCAGUCACAAACACCUGUAUCAAGCCCAUCUUUACCAGAUAUGUCUCUUACUCUGCCUUACCAAGGAAGUGGAUGGAGAAAGUCCCCUCAAAGCCAAAACUCCUCAGAAAAUGGAGAUGGCAAGUCUCUUAGACGGCAUGACAUCUCACGAUCCCAUUCAGAGAGCCCCUCAAGACUCCCAAUUAACAGAGCAGGGACUUGGAAAAGAGAACACAGCAAGCAUUCAUCUUCUCUUCCAAGAGUUGGGACUUGGAAACGAACAGGAAGCAGCUCCUCCAUACUUUCUGCUUCAUCUGAAUCUAGUGAAAAGGGCAGAAGUGAAGAUGAACGCCAGCCAGCUAAUCCACCCCAGCGACCUGGACAUAACAAGGAGGGCGGACUAGAACGGAAAGGAACUUGGAGGAAAAUAAAAGAGAUUGAAGCAAGUCCCUUGAUGACUCUAGACUUACCAGAUACAAGUAAUGAUUCAGUCCAUGUUGGCACCUUGCAUCAGAUGACGGCUGCAGUUACGAAAACUGAGGAUGUUUGGGUGAGGAUUGAAGACUGUCCUAUUAAUAACCCUAGAUCUAGUAAGUCACCAUCAGGAAACACACCUCCAGUCAUUGAUAGUUUGCCAGGAAAAGUACCUCCCAAUGAUUGGGACUUAAGUGAAGUGCACCAUAAGCAGCCAACAUCAAAUGAGAAUGUAGCCCCACGACAUCUCGGUUCAGAAACUAACUUGAACUUGGUUCGGAGUAGUGAAAGUCUUGACAAAAAGGUUACAGACAUCAAGCCUGUUUUAAGCAACCCAAACAUAGCCACGGAGGGUCAUGAAAUUGCAGUUGCUGAGCGUACGCCUUUCAGCUCGACCAACUCCAGCAAACACAGCUCCCCAGGUGGUACUGUUGCUGCCAGGGUUAGUCCUUUUAAUUAUACACCGAGCCCCAGGAAGAGCAGUGCUGACAGCACCACGCCGCGACCAUCUCAGAUUCCUACUCCGGUUAACAGUAAUGUAAAAAAGAAAGACUCUAAAGGAGACACAACAGAGAGUGGGUCCUAUAUUGUUACCUCUGUGUGAAGUGGGGGAGAGGGAUAUAAAACUGCGAUAAUGGACAGAAAAAUAGUUAAACAGGCUUGGAUCAUAUUUUAACUUGUCUGUCUCUGUGGAAAAAGUACAACUGCUGUUGAACGUGUUGUAGUUGAAACCAAUGUAAGGCCAUGUAUCUUUGCUGGUAGAAUUGUGGCAGGCACACUUGCUUAUCAGAGUGAGGGGGGGGGGGGGGUGGAAUCUGCAAAAGGACAUUGUAUGUCAGUUUGUACUGUACAGAUUUAAUUAUGUAUAUAUUUAAUUUAAACUUGUGCCAAGACCUUGUAUCUUGCCUGACUUGACAUAGAUAAUCACUUAAAGUGGAAUAUUUUGGAUGUUGAGGGACCUUUGGUGAGCUUCAGUUCUAAUGAUUUUGAUUUUUAAGCAAACUGUACACCUGUAUUAAUUCAAAUGUCAAGCUCAUUUUUACUGCCACAUGUUGUAUGUUUUAUCAUUUUUGUUCCUUGCAUGAACUGAUCCAAUGUUCUGGUAUUUUCUGAAGAUGAACAUUUCUGUGGACACAUGAUGUACUGAUAGCUGUAGUGUAAUAUUUUACACUUUUAUGUGUGCUUCUGAAAGUAAGGAAUUAACCUCGAAAAAAAGAUUUUAAUGAGGAUAAUUACAUUGGACAUAGGUUGUAUAAAACAUAGAUAGAUUCAUUGCUCUGCUGUUUGUGUAUAAUGCUCGAGGUGAGUGUCUUCGCAAGGACACUGGUUUUGGAAUGACUGAAGUUUUACAAUUUAAAUUAUUACUGUAGGUUUUGGUGUUGGUACCUUUUUAAAAUUUGACCCUUUAUUGUUAAAGCACAUAAUCAGAUAUAAUCUUCUGCCCAAAACAUUGUGAGACCACAUUUAUUUUUCUUUUUUUUUUUUUUAUUCCUCAUGCAAUAAAAUUGACUGAUUUGAUGUUUGACACACACAUUUCGAAUUACAAAUGGGAAACCUACAUAAUAAAUACCUUUUUUGGUGA